AUGUUACAAGAAAGAGAUUUAGCAAGAGAACCAUGUCCCGAUAGAAUAAUUGAAGACAUGGGUGGAGCAUUUGGUAUGGGUUGUAUAGGUGGAUAUAUUUGGCAUUUUUUAAAAGGUGCAAGAAAUAGUCCUAAGGGUGAUGUAUUAAGUGGUGCCUUAUAUAGUAGUCGUAUGAGAGCUCCUAUAUUAGGUGGUAAUUUUGCUGUAUGGGGUGGAACAUUUAGUUGUUUUGAUUGUGCUUUUCAAUAUAUGAGAAAAAAAGAAGAUCAUUGGAAUGCUAUAGGAAGUGGAUUUUGUACAGGAGGUGUUUUAGCUAUGAGAGGAGGAUGGAGAUCAGCUUCAAGAAAUGCUAUUGUAGGUGGUGUAUUAUUAGCUAUAAUAGAAAUCGUUUCGAUUGUUCUAACACGUAAAACUACUCCAACACCUAGACAACAAUUUCAACAACAAAUGGAAUUAGAAAAAAGAAUGGCAACAAAAAAUAAUAGAUAA